CCUUGGCUGGUGACCUGACCAAAAGCGAGGAGAGAGGCUUUCACCUCAAGUUUGACUUGCUUCAGCACGCCAUCAUAGAACAGGAUGACAAGUAACAUUAGCGACACCACCACACCUACCUUUGACUAUGGAGGGUUUGAGGACUACACUCCGUGUGAGCGGCCCAGCUUGAACGGCUUUGCCCUGAUGAUCACGUACUUCAUCGUGUUUCUCUUGAGCUUGCUGGGCAACAGCAUGGUGGUGUUUGUCGUCUGCAGCAUGGUCAACCGCCGCUCCUCCACCGACGUCUACCUGAUGCACCUGGCCAUGGCUGACCUCUUGUUCUCGCUCACCCUGCCCUUCUGGGCGAUCUCCCUCAACAGCGAGUGGGUCUUCGGCAACUUCAUGUGCAAGGUGCUCUCGGGCAUCCAGGACACCGCCUUCUACAGCUGCGUCUUCCUCCUGGCCUGCAUCAGCAUUGACCGCUACCUGGCCAUUGUCAAGGCCACGCAGGUUGUGCUGCGGCGCCGGCACCUGGUGCGGGUGGUGUGUGGCGUGGUGUGGCUGGCCGCCGUGAUCCUUGCCCUGCCCAUGGUGGUGCAGCGUGAGGCCUUCACGCCAGAGGGCUACCAUGCCGUGGUGUGCUUCGAGAACGUGACGGCCAAGAGCAUGAAUGGCUGGCGCACAGGCAUGCUGGUGAUGCGCAACACGCUGGGCUUCUUCCUGCCGCUGCUCGUCAUGACCAUUUGCUACGGCUGCACCACCUGCACGCUCUUCCACGCCCGCAACAGUCAGAAGCACAAGGCCAUGCGCGUCAUCCUCUCGGUGGUGCUGGCCUUCAUCGUCUGCUGGCUGCCCAUCAACGUCACCUCUGUGGUGGACACGCUCAUGCGCAGCAAGAUCCUCCCCGACGAGUGCGACCAGCAGAACCAGGUGGACCUCGUGUUCCAGGUCACCCAGGUCCUGGCAUUCCUGCACUGCGCCGUCAAUCCCAUCCUCUACGCCUUCAUCGGGAAGAAGUUCCGCAAUCAGUUCCUCCACUCUCUCUACCAAAGGGGUCUGAUCGGAAAGGAUUCAGUGGCCAUGUUUAGGAAGGGCUCGGCUCAAAGCUCUUUGAGCUCCAGGGUCACAUCAAUCACAUUGUAAAGUGUGUGUAAGCGAGCCAUCCGUUUCUUGGUAUUUUAUGCCCCCAACGUUGUCUUCAAGGCAGCGCUGCCUGGAAGGCACUAGGAUUAUGCAUGGGUUAAGGUUAGGGUUGGGUUUAGGAUUAGGUGCCUUUAAGUCAGUGGUGGCAGCGCUGCCUGGAAGACGACGUUGGGGGAAUAGAACACCAUCAAGCGUAAGCAUCCCACAUACUGUAGGUGACACUGAGUAAUGGCCUGUGAAUUGAAAUGUGACAUCAGAGAUGUGUGAAGUUCACAAUAUGUUUUCGUAUGUGUAUAGCUUUCGUAGAAUGUCGUAGUAGUAUAGUAUAGCGCCGUAGAAUGUCGUAGUAGAAUGCAGUUUCAGUGUUUCAAUGUACAUUGUAAAAUUGUUUAUAGAAUGUAAGGGAUGUUUUUUUGGCCUUAAUGUCAAAAUGCUACUGCACCUUCUCUGGAUGUAUGUUUAAUGUCUAAUAGAGAAUCUUAAUGGUUAAUGUGUUUUUUCAUGAAUAAAGUAUAUAAAUGAAAACAUA